UACUUUUUUAGGCUUAAUACGCGUGACAUUGACUUUCCGAGCUUUGCCUGGCUAAACAGUAGUUUAAGAAAUACUGUUGGCGAUUGGUCGUGGGGUUUGUGCAAUUGCAGUAAUGCUUGGCGUAGUACACGGUUCUAUUUGAAAUAUCGACAUUUCGAAAAAAAAUUAGAUUAUAUUAUUUUUGAAAUUUGCAUUCCAUUUUUGUGUAUUCAUAUAUCUGUUUCUCUGAUGAAUAACAAGAAGGUCAAAGAUGUUGAUAUCAUUCCCAAAUCUGAUAUUCGUCAAUUAAUCAAAAUUGCAAAACCACAAACUCAACGAACUAUUGAUCAUCCUCAUGCAAGAUAUAAUCAGUUAGGUCGCAUAUCGUGUAUUUUAUGUGGUGUACAGAUUAAGUCAGAAUUCGCCUGGACUGCACAUAUUCUGAGCAAGUCACAUAAGCAGAAUGAACUGCGUGGAGUUCAGCCUCUCAGUAAACGUCCUGCUGUUGAUAAUAAUCCGGAUGAUGAAAAAUCAUCUAAACUAACAAAAGUUGAUGAGAAGUCUGUACAUAAUAAAUCCGAUGUAAAAAUUAUCAAAGAAACACAUGACAGUAAAUCAUCGACUAUUGUUUCUAAAGAUACAGUGGUUGAAAAAAAUCCUGCAGAAAAAAGUAUUGAAUCAAAAUCUCAACUCCCAGAAGGCUUUUUUGAUGAUCGAUAUAAAGAUGCUAAGGUUCGUUGUGUUCCAUAUAAGGAUAAAAUGACAGAGGAAUUGGAACUUUUCCAAAAGGAAAUGAAUGUUUUAGAAAAGCACUCAGAAGAAAUUAUGGAAAAAGAAAGUGAAGCAUUGGUAUCUGAACGGAAUUUAGCCGAAAUAAAUGAACAAUUAGUGAAAUGGGAGAAAAUUAAACAAUUGGAACAGGCAAAAGAUUUAUAUGAAAUGCGAUUAAAGGAAAAACUCUCCGAUAGAAGUAUAAAUCAAUUGAAAAAUAAAUUAGAAAACCAUAUUGUUAAUGUAAUAAAAAAAGAAGACUAUUAUACUACUGCUACUACUACUACUACUACUACGGAAGACAAGAAUGUUGAUGAUAAAACUGAGGAUGAAGAUGACAGUGAUGAAGAUAUUUCCAAUGAAUUGAAUGACUUUCGAACAAAAAAUACAAUUUAA